AGAAGAUUAAAGAAUCAACGAAGAAGAAAAGGUCCCAUGAUGGUAGUUGUAAGGAAAUCACACUGAUAAAAAAUGGCUACUGCGUUCAAAGCAUUUAUUGGCCUCCACAGAUUAUUCACUUUCCAAAAACCUUUUAAAUGCAUCACAGUGCAGUCCGUGACAACUUGCCCUCUGCCGAGGUUUUACAGUGUGGCACCGAAGGAGAAUGAUACCAAAGCAUCUGUGAACCCUGAAAACAAAUCUCUGCUGGAGAACUUGAAUCAGUUGGGGGUAGAUGUGAUGAAGGCGCGCCAGCGUCAGCCCGGCGUUCUCCGUAGGGUCUUCACAAAUGAGCACGGCCUUGUGCUCUUCCUGCAGAGCAAAGGUGCCAGCCGCCAGAUUGUUGCCAGCAUCAUAUCGCGUUAUCCACGUGCCAUCACCCGUUCCCUGCAUCAUCUGGAGGAGCGCUGGCAGCUGUGGAGGAACAUCUUCCAGACCGACAUGGAGAUUGUGUCCAUCCUUGAACGCUCGCCCGAGUCAUUCUUUCGCUCCAGUGACAACAGCAACUUGAAGAAGAACAUAGCUUACCUGUCUUCACUAGGACUCAGCAACAAGGACCUUCAUCGGCUGCUCACCACUGCACCGCGCAUCUUCUCAAACAGGCUGGAGCUCAACAAGCAGAUGGUGGAGUUCUUGGAGGACAUCAGUGCUGAGCUCGGCGGGACUGGCUCCAAGGAGUUUGCCAAAGCGAUCAUUUCCAGAAACCUUUACAUUCUCAUCCGGAGCACAAAAAGAGUCAAGGCGAACAUCGACAACUUACAAGCGGCUCUCGAAUUGAGCAACGCUGACCUCCUGGCCCUGCUUCAAGGGCCGGCUGCAAGAAUCCUGGACCUCUCCAGUGAGUACUUAAAAAAGAAUAUUACCAGCCUUAAGCAGAGGCUUCUUGUGCUGGGCCUUUGUGAAGAUGAUGUCAAAAAGAUGAUUGUCAGCUUUCCAACGCUUCUGUACACAAAGGAAAUGACACUGAGCACAAAAUUGGACUAUCUCCUAAAAGAAGGAAUCACAAUGAAGCAGAUACUGAAGAAGCCCAAGAUAUUGGAGUACAGCAUGGAGAAUGUCACAGCCAAAAUUGACAAGCUUCGCAAGGUCGGCUAUGACUUCCAGGCACACGGCAUCGGCGUCCUGGACUUGAGUCAGAAGCGAUUUUCAGCCAAGAUAGAGAAACUCGCCGAGGAGUAAAUGGAGCCUUUUAUAUUCAUAUAAUGUUGCUCACCAUUCAACGUGUAUUUUGCUUUGACUGAAUAAUUUGCAGCAAGGGGACUGUGUGCCCAGCUGCUGAAAACGGUAAAUAUAUUUCAUAUAGUGAGAGCAACUCAUGUAUUAAUAUUAGUUGCAUUUACUUUCUGUGUCUUAAUGUGCUAAUAUGGCUUCUGCUGCAAUUGUAAAAGCAAAUCAGUAAUUUAAUCAAACACAUGUACAUUACCAUUAUAAAAUACGAGUGAGGAAAACGUUGCUUUCUACGUACUUACUAUAUUAUAAUGAUUGUAGCACCCGGGACGAUGAUGAUGAUGCACUGCAUCCCCGGGACGGAACCAAUGUUUUUCAUAUGUCGUUUCCGGACCCCUUUAAGCGAUGGACUGAGUCCUACUCACGCGCAGUUUAGCUUCUUUACUGCGACUGUAAAAACAUGUAAAUAAAAACGACUUUCAUACAGUGUUCACUGGCAUUAAGAAAUAGCUUAUGCUUCGUCGUCGACUGUUUCAACUGCGAUAUUAACGUGGCGUUAGCCGCAAGCAUACUAGCAGACGACAGGCUGUCAACACCGGCAAACUA